AUGUAUGCUCAGUCUGCCCUGGUCCUGGCCCUUCUCCCAGAGUUGCUGGCCGCCCGCUCCGUCGGCAACGCCCGACGCGGCGUCGACUGCACCUUUGCCACGGGCGCCAACCCGGGCGACACCUGCGACAACUUUGCGAGUAACUGGGGCAUCUCGGUCGAGCAGCUCAAGUCGCUGAAUCCCGGAGUCGACUGCGGCAAGUUUGACGGCACCAAGGAGUACUGCGUCCUCGGCGACGUAAACAACGAAGAGCCGACCAAGGCCAGCACCUCCUCCAAGGUCGUGCAGACAACCUCUACCAAGACUACCCCGCCGCCUACCAAGACCACGGCCGCCAACGGCCACGAGCCCACACAGCCUGGUCUGGCCGAGAACUGCGACAAGUUCCACAAGGUCGUUGACGGCGACAGCUGCGACGACAUUGAAGCCAAGGCUGGCAUCAGCCACGCGCAGUUUGCCAAGUGGAACCCCUACAUCAACGACAAGUGCUCCAACCUGUGGCUCGACUACUACGUAUGCGUCCACGUCCCGGGAGCCACGACUACGGCUCCUGGCCCUAAGCCGACCGACGACGGUCACUCCCCGACCCAGCCCGGCAUCGCCAAGAACUGCGACAAGUACCACAAGAUCGUUUCGGGUGACCAGUGCGACGCGAUUGAGUGGCAGAACAAGAUCACCCACGAGCAGUUCCUCAAGUGGAACCCCGCCAUCGACUCCAAGUGCUCGAAUCUCCUGGUAGACUUCUACGUCUGCGUCCACGUCCCUGGGGCUCCCGUCACUGGCGGCCCUCAGCCCCAGAUGCCCAACCUCGACUCGAAGUGCAAGAAGUACCACAAGGUUGGCGACGGCGAGGGAUGCUACGAGAUCAACAAGAAUGCCGGCAUCACGCUCGACCAGUUCCGCAAGUGGAACCCGACCGUCGAUGCCAGGUGCAGCAACCUCUGGGCCGGGUACUACGUUUGUGUUGGCGUAUAA